UUGCCGCAAGUUGUUACAGCGCUGUGAUUAGCUCUACUGGUAGGGGAUUACCCGCGUGCAGGGAUAGCGGCAACAGUUAUACGUGCUGUGAAAACAGCCUCUCGUCCUAGAGAGCCAGACACAGAUGUAGUGAGGGCGAGCGACAGCCAGACAAGGACACUGUAGACAAAAGGAAUAUAUUCCCUGGGCCACAAGGAGCGGCCAUUCGGAAUUCUAGGACUUCACAGCACACAGGAAGUGACGAUAUCCUCCUUUCAACAUAUCCAAGGUGGACCGGAAAUGAGAAGAGGUUUUUAUUAAUUUCACAUCAUAAUUCCUUUGGAUUCCACAGUAUUACCUCACCAUGUCAGUGAACGGAGAAUAUGUCCCCUCCCCACGGCCCCAUCCACGUGUCCGCCCUGAGGCCAUGUGUAAUGCAGAGAAGAACCGAGGAGGGAUUGAGAAGUGGUUUGACUAUUCCGACAACAUCAACAACUACAGCUCCCCACGCCCCGGUGUACGGAACAUAUCGUCCGAAGCACAGAAAAUAGCUGACAUCAACAAAGGUAGUAUGAAUACCAUGCUGCAGGGCUACCCAGAUCCCCCAAUCCAGCGACAGAUCCACCCCAGAGGCGUCACUGGGGAGGCAGUGGAAGUUGCCAACUCCAACAAAGGGCAGGAUAUGAAGAGACUUAUUGACAAUUAUGGCAAUCUGGAGGUGUCGGACAGACCAGGGAUCAAGGUGAAGGGCAGUGAUGCUGAGGAGUAUGCUGUCAGGAAUAACGGCACAGUCAAUAAUGUGAUGAACAAUUACGGUAACCACCCCCUUUCCCCUGCCCCGCCCGCCAAACUGGGGCUAGGCGGUGAGGAGGUUGCUGUCAAACACAAGGGUGCUGGCAUGGGGCCCGUACUACGGAUGGAGGAGAAGAGGUCUCCGAAAGAAAUCAAGAUCAGCAGUCUUCAUCAGCAGUCAGAGGGGGGCUGGGACGAGAUCCCCCCUCACCACCGCCUGCGCCCUGAGGCUGAGCAUAUUGCGACCAAGAACUCGAUGGACAGCAUGGGAGACAUAAUGGCCAUGGCCGUGUCAGCAGAUCAGUCACCAGCAAACAAGAGAUCAGUUCCCAAGCACAUGAUGAUCACAGAAGAUAGACGUCCCAAGACAUCGCCAGUGCGUACCCGACCGGAAGCCAUGCAGAACUACCAGCGGAACCGGAACUGUGAAAUGGGUGCCAUCAUGCGAGGGGAAUCACAGACUGCAUCUCCACAAAGGAAGAACAACAGGAUGCUGCAAAGGUCGGAAAACUGGUGAUGACCUUGACCUUAUACAUCAUCCCCAUAAGAAGAACAUACCAAGGUCAUGAAGUUGGCCUUUGGCACCAGUUCCUGGAGGGGGGAAAAGUCACUGAGUUGCCAGUAACACAAGAUCAGAAGAUGUUAUAUGUCAAUAUUUAUAAAUAUUUUAGGAUUAACUGAAAACAUUAUAUUUUUUGAUGUCCAUGGUCAGUUUCUUGACACCAGGAAGAUUUUGUGUGUGGUAACUCUGAUGUAUAUAUACAAGAUCAGCGGCAGUGAUUCUGUGGCUUUUUGCUUGUUUACUGUGAGUGGAGGUGACAGAAUUGUUUAAAUGUUGUCUAUCAAAAGGUUAACACUAUUAAUUGUCUCUGAGAAUCAAGUCUCUUGUACAGAUACAUUACAUUGCUCAUGUACAUAUCACAUACACCACACUGCCAUACAUGACAAGUAGCUUGUCCCGUGUCACACAAAUGUACUGCUG